AUGGACUUGUGUGGGCGUCAAAAGGUUGUCCGACGCAAGAUGGUACUCCUGUCAGUCGACAGUCCCGAUUCGUUUGAGAACGUGGCUACUAAAUGGAUCGAUGAAAUAUCCGAGAAUUGCCCGGGUGUCAAACUUGUUCUUACUGCGCUCAAAUGCGACCUGAGGAAGGACGAGUUCCUGAAUGACAACGUAAACGCCAUCACAUACGAACAAGGCCUUACUAAGGCAAAAGAAAUCGGUGCAGUGAAAUAUCUAGAAUGCUCCGCUGUCCAAAAUCGUGGCAUCAUGGAGACCUUCUAUGAAGCGGCUAAAGUCGCGCUGGAGGUCAAGACCCAAGGGUCAAACGGACCCAAGGGACGGUGUGUCAUACUUUAA